ACUACGCCUGCGCAUUAUCAGUCUGGCCCUACGCCGCCUCCCCGGAAACGCUUCCUACCCACGUAACCGCCUCGGCCCCUCGGGUCGUCAGACUUUUGCCUCUCUAGGCUGUUCGGGUCUCUCCUCCAUGGUCUGACCUGUUAACAGUGUUUGGGAAGCUAGCCGGUGAGGCCGAGUCGGGCUCGGACGCUGCAUCCUCGAUUCAGACGCUGCAGGUGGCCGGACGAGCCGGGGCCCAUGGCGAGGCGGUGCUGAGACGCAGGCGGUGGCCAGGCCCCUUGGGCCGGCAUGGCGGGCCAGUUCCGUAGCUACGUGUGGGACCCGUUGCUGAUCCUGUCGCAGAUCGUCCUCAUGCAGACUGUCUAUUAUGGCUCGCUGGGUCUGUGGCUGGCCCUGGUGGAUGCUCUGGUGCGAAGCAGCCCCUCGUUGGACCAGAUUUUCGACGCGGAGAUCCUGGGCUUUUCCACUCCUCCAGGCCGGCUAUCCAUGAUGUCCUUCAUCCUCAAUGCCCUCACCUGUGCCCUGGGCUUGCUGUACUUCAUCCGGCGCGGGAAGCAGUGUCUGGAUUUCACUGUUACUGUCCAUUUCUUUCACCUCCUGGGCUGCUGGUUCUACAGCUCCCGUUUUCCCUCGGCGUUGACCUGGUGGCUGGUCCAAGCCGUGUGCAUUGCACUCAUGGCUGUCAUCGGGGAGUACCUGUGUAUGCGGACGGAGCUCAAGGAGAUUCCCCUCAACUCAGCCCCUAAGUCCAAUGUGUAGAAUUGGGCCCUUCGGACGCUCUGCUGGCACUUGGGACCCCUGACACCUUGGGCUGCUCAGAUCCUCCAGAUGAGGUCCAGCCCGAGGCUGAAAGGAACCCUGGAGAUAUGGAAUCUCUGUUAAUGGAGAGAUAGCAGGAUCCUGCCAAGUAGGCAGGUAGCCGUGAGGAUCACAGCUGCAAGAAUGGCCUUUGUUUCUGAAACCUUAGUAUUAGAAGGUCAGGAAAGGGACUUCUUGAGGGCAAUAACAGAGUUGGGAUGACAUCACUCUAGAGCCAUCAUUUCUGUCACCAGCUGAUUGUUUUUUUAAAAAGAAAGAAAAAAAAGAAUCAAGGAUAUCUAAUUGGGGAAAGAA